GCAACAAUCAAGGGAGUCUCAAGCUUCAGUGCUGAGCAAGAAGCACAGGCACUAAGGAAGGCUAUGAAGGGAUUUGGCACAGAUGAAGAUGCCAUCAUUGAGGUCUUGACCAAACUAAACGUUUCCCAGCGUCAGCAAGUUCUGAUCACCUACAAAAGCACUAUUGGCAGGGAUUUGAUUGAUGACUUGAAGUCUGAGCUGAGUGGGAAUUUUGAAAGGGUGAUCGUUGGUAUGAUGACUCCUACCACCAUGUACGAUGUGCAUGAGCUGAGGAGGGCUAUGAAGGGGGCAGGGACAGAUGAAGGGUGCCUCAUUGAGAUCCUGGCGUCCCGCACCAACGAGGAGAUUCGGCGCAUUAAUGAGAACUACAAACUCCAGUAUGGCCGUGCCCUGGAGGAGGACAUUGUCUCUGACACCUCUUCCAUGUUUCGAAGAGUCCUCGUAUCCCUCGCCACGGGCAACAGAGAUGAGGGAACAUAUGUGGAUGCUGCCCUUGCUCAACAAGAUGCUCAGUGCCUGUAUGAAGCUGGGGAGAAGAGAUGGGGAACAGAUGAGGUCCAAUUCAUGGCCAUCCUCUGUACACGGAACAGAUAUCACCUGCUAAGAGUUUUUGAUGCCUACAGAGAGAUUGCUAACAAGGACAUCACAGACAGCAUUAAGUCCGAGAUGUCGGGAGACCUCGAGGAUGCUCUGCUGGCUGUGGUAAAGUGCAUGCGAAAUAAACCUGCAUACUUUGCUGAAAGAUUAUACAAAUCCAUGAAGGGCUUGGGAACAGAUGACAACACACUGAUCCGAGUGAUGGUGUCCCGCUCCGAGAUAGACAUGCUGGAUAUCAGGAGGGAAUUCCUGACCAUGUAUGGGAAAUCACUCUACUCCUUCAUUAAGGGAGACUGCUCUGGAGACUACAGGAAGGUGCUGCUCAGGCUCUGCGGUGGGGAGGAUUAGGGGGUGCCUGGUGUGCUGCCUGGACGCAGCUGAUCAGA